GCGCCGGCGCCCGCUCCGCCGCCGGCGCCGCCCCCGCAGCACUCCUUCGGCCCGCCGCUGGCCCUCGGGGCGCUGCCGGUGCUGCAGGGCGCCACGCUGCCCGCCGGUCUCGCCGCGCCACCGCCGGCGCCGGCGCCCCCGCCUGCGCCGCAGAGCUUCGACUUUCCGCCGCAGGAGAGCCACUUCGCGCCCCAGGGCUUCGACAACCUCGCGCCGCAGGGCUUCGCGCCGCAGAGUUUCGACCUCGCGCCGCAGGGUUUCGCGCCGCAGGGCUUCGACCUCGCGCCGCAGGAGGGCCCACCGCCGCAGGGCUUCGGCUUCGCGCCGCAGGCUUUCGCGCCGCAGGGCUUCGACUUCGCGCCGCAGGCUGGCUUCACGGCGCCCGGCUACCAGCAGGGCGGCUACAUGUAG